AUGUCGUACGGACAGUACAGCCAGAACCCCUAUGCCCAGGGUCCCGCGGCCGAGGGCGGGUACGACCACAACCAGAACCAGAGCCAGCAGCAGUAUGGCGGCGGCCAGUAUGAGAUGCAGCCCUAUGGCCAACAGCCACAACAGAACCAGGACCAGAGCAACCCAUACCAGCAGCAGCAGCAGCAACAGUCAUCCGCACCCACCACCAUCAGCCAGCAAGACUUUCUCGGUCGCGUACAAAAUCUGCGCAACGAAAUCCGGACCUUGACGGCUGACAUUGAGCACAUUGCUCAACUGCACCAACGCGCGCUCUCUUCCGCCGAUUCCGUCGCCUCCGACCAGUUGAACAAUGCCGUUGCCCAGACCCAACUGCGCAACACGCAGAUCACCGAGGAGAUCAAGUUCCUCGAGCGCGAUGCCGCCCGCACCCAAGACGCCUCCCGCGCCUCCAAGCAAGCCCAGCUGAACUCGGUCAAGAACACUUUCAAGGACGAGCUGCACCGUUACAUGCAAGUGGAGAGCGAAUACCAGAAGCGCUACAAGGAACAGAUUGCCCGUCAAUACCGAAUCGUCAACCCGGAUGCCACGGAAGAGGAGGUCCACGAGGCCACCGAGGUUGACUGGGGCAAUGAGGGUGUCUUCCAGACGGCGCUGAAGAACAACCGCCUGGGCCAGGCCAACUCGGUCCUCGGCAACGUCCGCGCCCGUCACAGCGAGCUUCAGCGCAUCGAGCGCACGCUCGCCGAGGUUGCCCAGCUAUUCCAGGAGAUGGCCGUCCUCGUCGAGCAGCAGGAAGCCGUCGUCGACGCCGCCGAGCAGAACGCUGUCAACACGGUCGAGAACAUCCAAAAGGGCAACGAGCAGGUCGAGGUUGCCAACAAGCACGCCCGCAACCGUCGCAAGCUCAAGUGGUGGUGCCUCCUCGUCGUUGUGCUCAUCAUCAUCAUUGUCGCACUUGGCGUCGGUCUCGGCGUCGGUCUUGUCAAGAACUCCACCAGCUAA